AUGAGCGACAAGCUCAAAUCCAAGCUUUCGGCCAUCUUCCUCCCCAGAUCGACAUACACGGCCCCAAAUAUGUCGACGUCAGGUACCAGCCCACCGCAGGAGAAGCCCGCGCAGCCCGGCACCAUGGCGACGCCAUGCCGUACCCCUGUCAUCUUGGACGAUCGCAACGGCCGACUGAGAAAGCAGCAGACCCGGGAAAGUGAAGAUGCGCGUGACGAGCUGCUGGGGCAUGGUAUCAAGGUCCGAGAUUUCCAAGAAGAGGCCGAUGCGAAGACACAAGACACCAUGGUGAGGGAUCAAGCUCAGGGUCAGGCUCAGUCAGAUCAACCAGGCAGCCCAGACAAGCUUACGGAGACCAUGGAGGCAACUCAUUUGAAGAGUUGA